GUCUUCUGUUUGCUUCCUGCCUUGGCAGAUGCCCUGCAGAUCAACGUCAAGGUGCAACAUUGGCAGCACGGGUGGUCUUUUCAGGAGUUGCUCACUUGCUACGAAGCUAUUCCGCUGGCCAUUCCGCUGGUUGCCUUCGUCGUAGUGGCCUUCGUUUGGACGUGUUGCAAGCAGGCCGUGGUUUGCUUUGUCGGCACUAAGCAGGCACCCCCAGCGCCACCAACUGCGGAAAAUCCUGCACCAGCUGCGGCGCUUCGACGACCAGCGCCAAUCCCCCUCGGCAUGGAAGGUGACCAUGAGCACUGGUGCCCACCACAGGUGAGGCGGGUUUCCAAUGCCAAUGGUAUCAGGGCUGGGGUCGUGAUUCCGGCCCAGUACUGGCCCCAGGGAGCUUCGCCGAUUAUGCGACGCCUGGGGCUGGAAGGAAAGGACUACUUGUAUGUGAGCAUGAAUCACGUGACUCAGCACCGUGGAGUUGAGUGGAGCUAUGUGAUGCUGGCGGCAAAUGAGGACGUGCACUGCUGGGUGCCCAGCUGCUGUAUCAACACUCUGGAGAACCCUCAGUAA